AUGCCCCGGGGGUUCCUGGUGAAAAGGAACCGGAGGGCCACGCCGAUCUCCUACCGGGUCCGCUGCGUCCAGGAGGGCGAGCCCGAGCUGCUGCUGUUCGCCGGCGGCCAGCAGCUCUGCUCCCCAACCCUCCCCUCCGCCGGCCCCGAUCCGGCGGCCCCCACCGCGCCCCGAGAACCGCCGCUGCCGCCCCCCAAGCCCAUGCAGUUCGGCACCCCCGAAGCCGCGUGCCAGGCGCUGUACAGCCCCACCCGGCCGGUCAGCAAGGAGCACGAGAAGAAAUCCUUGGAGCGCAGCUUCAACCUGGGCUCGCCGGUCUCCGCAGAGUCCUUCCCAGCCCCGGCGGUGCCCAGCACCAUGGACCCGCUGCUCUUCGCCCCGGCCGAGCUCAAACUGUGGGCCUCCUCCAGCCCCGCGGAGACCAGCGGCACCCAGCGCAGCACCCAGAGCGGCCCCCACAGGGACACCCACUGCAGCACCCAGGGGCCCCUGAGCGGCACCCACUGCAGCACCCAGAGCGCCACCCUCUGCAGCGGCCAGGCGAGCGCCGGCACCCGCAGUCUAUCCGCCCUGCUGCCCCCCUCCUCUGCCUCCUCGGGCCGCCCCCAGCCCAAGCGGCCCCCCGCCGGCUCGGAGCCCGGCAAGCACAAGCCCCCGGCCGCUAAGAAAGCCAAAGCCAUCCGCAAGCUGAACUUCGAGGACGAGGUGACCACGUCGCCGGUGCUGGGGCUGAAGAUCAAGGAGGGGCCGGUGGAGCCGCCCCGGGCGCGGGGGGCGGGCGGGCCGGGCCCGCGGCCGCUGGGCGAGUUCAUCUGCCAGCUGUGCAAGGAGGAGUACGCCGACCCCUUCGCCCUGGCGCAGCACAAGUGCUCGCGCAUCGUGCGCGUGGAGUACCGCUGCCCGGAGUGCGACAAGGUCUUCAGCUGCCCGGCCAACCUGGCCUCGCACCGCCGCUGGCACAAGCCGCGGCCGGCCCCCAGCGCCCCGCCGCCGCCGCCCGCCAAGGCGCCCGAGGAGCAGCCGCCGCCCAAGGAGGCCGGAGGCAGCGGCAGCGAGCGGGACACGCCCAGCCCCGGCAGCGGCGGCGGCUCGGAGUCCGGCUCCGAGGAGGGGCUGUACGAGUGCCCCACCUGCACCCGCCGGUUCCGCCGCCAGGCCUACCUCCGCAAGCACCUGCUGGGCCACGAGCCGGGGCCCGGUCCGGAGAGGCCCGGCCCAGAGGAAAGCCCCGGCGCGCCGGCCGCCAGCGAGUGCCACCUGUGCCCGGUGUGCGGGGAAACCUUCCCCAGCAAGGGCGGCCAGGAGCGGCACCUGCGCCUGCUGCACUCGGCGCAGGUCUUCCCCUGCAAGUACUGCCCGGCCACCUUCUACAGCUCGCCCGGCCUCACCCGCCACAUCAACAAGUGCCACCCCUCGGAGAACCGGCAGGUCAUCCUACUGCAGCUGCCCGUGCGCCCCGCCUGCUAG